UCAGCUCAGAGCGCCUCUCUUUCACGCCAGGUUUGUGCUGGCCGUGGGCAGCGCCGUCUUUGAUGCCAUGUUCAACGGGGGAAUGGCCACGACGUCCACGGAGAUAGAGCUGCCCGACGUGGAACCUGCUGCCUUCCUCGCCCUGCUCAAGUUUCUCUACUCGGACGAGGUGCAGAUCGGCCCGGAGACAGUGAUGACCACGCUAUACACCGCCAAAAAGUACGCGGUGCCGGCGCUCGAGGCCCACUGCGUGGAGUUCCUGAAGAAGAACCUGCGAGCAGACAACGCCUUCAUGCUGCUCACCCAGGCGAGAUUGUUCGAUGAGCCACAGCUGGCCAGCCUGUGCCUGGAGAACAUAGACAAAAACACUGCGGACGCCAUCACCGCGGAGGGCUUCACUGACAUCGACCUGGACACGCUGGUGGCCGUCCUGGAGCGCGACACUCUGGGCAUCCGUGAAGUGCGGCUGUUCAACGCCGUUGUCCGCUGGUCUGAGGCCGAGUGUCAGCGGCAGCAGCUGCAGGUGACGCCCGAGAACCGGCGGAAGGUUCUGGGCAAGGCCUUGGGCCUCAUCCGCUUUCCACUGAUGACCAUCGAGGAGUUCGCUGCAGGCCCUGCACAGUCAGGCAUUUUGGUGGACCGCGAGGUGGUCAGCCUUUUCCUGCACUUCACCGUCAACCCUAAGCCGCGAGUGGAGUUCAUCGACCGGCCGCGCUGCUGCCUGCGCGGGAAGGAGUGCAGCAUCAACCGUUUCCAGCAGGUGGAGAGCCGCUGGGGCUACAGUGGGACCAGCGACCGCAUCAGGUUCUCAGUCAACAAGCGUAUCUUCGUGGUGGGGUUUGGGCUGUAUGGAUCCAUCCAUGGGCCUACCGACUACCAAGUGAACAUCCAGAUCAUCCACACGGACAGCAACACUGUCCUGGGCCAGAACGACACGGGCUUCAGCUGCGACGGCUCGGCCAGCACCUUCCGAGUCAUGUUUAAGGAGCCGGUGGAAGUGCUGCCCAACGUGAACUACACGGCCUGCGCCACGCUCAAGGGCCCGGACUCCCACUACGGCACCAAAGGCCUGCGUAAGGUGACACACGAGUCGCCCACCACUGGCGCCAAGACAUGCUUCACCUUCUGCUACGCGGCCGGGAACAACAAUGGGACGUCCGUGGAGGACGGCCAGAUCCCCGAGGUCAUCUUCUACACCUAGGCCGCCCACACGGUCCUUCCUCCACGGGGGCAGCUUCGGCCCCAGGGCUCAGCCGCUGCUGGGCCGCCCUGCGUGGGGCAGAGCCCCGUGUCCCCCCGGCCACUGUCCACUCCACGCCACCUUUCUCAGCAUCAGGAAGGGGCUUCCCUGUGUUCACCACAAUGAGUGCAGCUGCUGUCAGGGCAGCCGGGGAGGCGGCGCGGCCAGUGGCCAGGCCCUGUGGAGACAAUCCCUCAGGACUGGGGACAGGGCCGGCCUGGGCCAGGCCCCACGGGCCUGCAGCUCAGGGCACCUGCCCAAGUCGCCUGACCGCGCUGUGCGGCAGGCCUUCCCCGAUUCCCUUCACUGCACAUUACAAUGCAUCUGCGAUUCCCGUUUCCCUGCUGGGGGCCGGCAACUUGGGUGGCGCCGCUCCUAGAGCCACAGGUUCCAGACCUGGCAUUCAUUUUGUUCCUCUCUGUUCCUGGGGACACUGGGGCCCCACCUGUCCAUGCGCCCAGGGCCACCCGACCCCAGCCUGCAGGGCGAUGCCACUGCCUGGAGCUGGCCUGAGUUCUGAGAGGCUUCAGGGUGGGGUGGCCCCUGCCGGCUGAGCCCUGGCCCAGGUGGGCAGUAGUUUGCGGCUCCCAUCCUCAUCCACCUGAUGGGCGCAGCCCGGGGCCACCUCUGUCCAGCCUCCCUGGACAGGGCCCCAAGCGGGACCCAGACCCUGUGCCCCAGAGCUCCCCUGCUGCAGGAUGGGGCCCUGGCCGGCCCCACUGUGUCCAGAGCCACUGCUCGCCUGUACAUACCAUUGCCCCAACCUGCCAGGUGCCGAGGGAGCCCCCCCAGGUCCUGGGGACAUGCUCUCCCCACCCCAGGCCAUGCCCCCACAAACCCCUGCGUGUUUCUGCCCUGUGACUCCUGGAACCUGCCUCCUCCCCAAAGCCAUGGGGGGUGGGUGUCCUCCUCAGACCACGUCCCCAGAUGAUUUUUUUAAAUAAACAAACGCACCUG